GCAGCAGCAGAGAGCGGGACACUUGCUGUGAGAGGGACACGAAGAGAGGACAGAGACAAACAGACAGAGGACAAACGCCACACACACCACUUUCACUCCACGCGUCUAAUAACACCACGACAUGGCUUCAAAGUGUCCCAAGUGUGACAAGACCGUGUACUUCGCUGAAAAGGUGUCAUCGCUGGGGAAGGACUGGCACAAGCUGUGUCUCAAGUGCGACCGCUGCAACAAGCUCCUGAACGCUGGAGGCCACGCUGAGCACGAUGGAAGACCUUACUGCCACAAACCGUGCUAUGCUGCCCUCUUUGGGCCAAAAGGUGUGAACAUUGGUGGCGCAGGCUCCUACGUGUACGACGCUCCGGCCAACAACAACAACCCCACUGGUGUGGAUUCAGUCACCAGAGCCGAGGAGAAACGAGUGUACGCACCAAAGGCUCCGUCUAAAGCUGGAGGCCUCACCACUUUUUCUGGAGAAGCCAACCUGUGUCCCCGCUGCAACAAGAAGGUGUAUUUUGCCGAGAAGGUGACGUCACUGGGCAAGGACUGGCACCGGCCGUGUCUGCGCUGUGAGAGGUGCAGCAAGACUCUGUCUGCUGGCAGCCACGCCGAGCACGACGGCCAGCCUUACUGCCACAAACCGUGCUACGCCGUUCUCUUUGGGCCCAAAGGCGUGAACACUGGCGGUGUGGGCAGCUACAUCUAUGACAAGGAGGCCAGUGCCGUGACCCAGCCUUGAACCAAAACUGUGUUCCCCUCUCCUCCUCGAGCUUCACCCUUCUUCUCUACACAACGCUGACCAUCAAACACAGUAUAGCGCUCUUCUUCUCCCCGUGUGUUCAUACCCCUCUCUUCCACAUCCUGGUCCCUCCCCCCUGUACCGACGAUGUCAUUGCCGCCCGAGUAUUAGGAACGACCACAUUUAAGCGUUUCCCACUACAGACAGACAGACUACGCCGUUUCCCCCGACACUUUAGCAAUAAGGUCUAAUAAGUAAGAUGUUUUUGACGUGAUGUAUGUUUAAAUAAAACACACAUGGAGGCUGAAUCAGGUGCUGCUUACUAAUAAAAAAAAACAUUACGCACAGCAUAUGUUAUGGUUUGGCCUGUUUGACAAGAUUCCUUAUAUGGGAAGGAAAUGUAAACACAUGUUGUAUAGAAGCAGGGAGUAAACAAAUUAAAAUGCAAGGUUUAAGCUAAUAAAUAACACAGGUGUUUUGUCCCAGUGCUUUUUCUAUAAUAGUAUUUUUCAAGCAAAAGCAGAAUUGUGGCGUGUAUUUAUUGCUUUAAUAAAAUGUCCCAUCGGCCACUUUUACUACUACUACGCGAGCUGUAUAAUUCUCUACGUUUGUUAUUGUUAUUUUCCACCAUUUGAAGUAUUAUAUUAUAGAUGCAUAUUUUUUUUUGGCCUUUAGCAGACAACGGUAGCUUAGCUCGAGACGCUGCGGACAAGUCAUUCUGUAAGAAUGUGCAUUCUAGUAUUAGUUGUGUGAGUGUUAACUGUGCUCGUUUGUUGUAGAAACUGCAGGGGCCUCACUGGUUGUUUGUUUGUUUGUUUGUGGCACUGCACAUCAGCCCUGCUGCACUCGUCUUUGUAAUCCCUGAUGAUAAUAAAUUCUUCGGAAAGUC